AUGACGCUGUUUAUACUUACGGAGACGAGCGCAGGAUAUGCGCUCUUCAAGGCGAAGGACAAGAAACUUCUGAAAAAUGAGAACCUCGCAACAGAGGCCGGCACGGCUGAGGGUGUGUGCAGCAUGCUCAAACUCAAGACUUUCCAGAAGUUCGAUAGUGCCGCUAUGGCCCUCGAGGAAGUUGCGUCGUUGGUCGAUGGCAAGGUCACUCCCAUGCUGGCCAAGCUCCUCGACUCAAUCAAGGACGAGAAGAAGGCCUCACUGGCUGUUGCCGACCCAAAACUCGGGCAAGCAAUUAACAAGUUGCCAUCGGUGACUCUCACCCCAAUCUCCGACUCCUCUUCCAACGAGCUUUUCCGUGCGAUUCGUGAGAACCUCCCAGCGCUCAUUCCGGGCCUCCUCCCAGAGAACAUCUCAACCAUGUCCCUUGGUCUGUCGCACUCUCUGUCCCGCCACAAGCUUAAGUUCUCUCCCGACAAGGUCGACACCAUGAUCGUUCAAGCCAUUGCACUUUUGGACGACUUGGACAAGGAGCUCAACACCUACGCUAUGCGUGUCAAGGAAUGGUACGGAUGGCAUUUCCCUGAGAUGGCCCGUAUCAUCAACGACAACCUCGCCAUCGCCAGAAUCAUCUUGAAGAUGGGUAUGCGCACGAACGCCGCUACCACUGACCUCUCGGAUAUCCUCCCAGAGGAGAUUGAGGCCGCUGUUAAGGCCGCCGCUGAGGUUUCCAUGGGUACCGAGAUCACACCCGAGGAUUUGGACAACAUUCAGCUCCUCGCCGAGCAAGUCGUUGGGUUCACAGAGUACAGACAGCAACUGUCCAGCUAUCUCAGCGCCCGUAUGCAGGCCAUUGCCCCCAACCUUACCGAGCUUGUCGGUGAGCUUGUCGGUGCCAGACUUAUCGCACACGCUGGAUCUUUAAUGAACCUUGCCAAGUCGCCUGCCUCUACCAUCCAAAUUCUUGGUGCCGAGAAGGCUCUUUUCCGUGCUCUCAAGACCAAGCACGACACACCCAAGUACGGUCUCAUCUACCACGCCUCCCUCGUCGGACAGGCGACUGGUAAGAACAAGGGAAAAAUCGCCCGUAUGCUUGCUGCCAAGGCUGCCAUCGGUCUCCGUGUCGAUGCUCUUUCAGACUGGAGCGCACAGGGUGAAGGCAAGGGCGAUGAUGUCGAUGAGGAGGAGCGCUCUGCUCUUGGUGUCCUUUCCCGCGCAAAGAUCGAGCGCCACCUUCGUGGCCUUGAGGGCAAGCCGCUUCUUCCAAGAGGCGUGGCUGUCGGCCCUGACGGCAAGGCUCUGGACAAGCCAGGCAAAUGGGAGCUGAAGGAGGCAAAGAAGUACAACGCUGAUGCCGACGGAAUCGCUUCCGAUGCGCCCGCCGCUGUAGAGGAGAAGAAGGAGAAGUCCUCGAUGAAGGACAAAAAGCUCAUCCAAGAGGUCGAGUCUGAGUCUGAGUCCGAGGAGUCUGACGAGGAUGUUGAGAUGGAAGACGCCAAGUUUGCCACCAGCAGCACCCCCAAGGAGUCCAAGAAGGAGCAGAAGAAGUCCAAGAAGGAGAAGACCCCCAAGAAGGGCGAGACCGACGAGAAGAAGUACGGCGCUCUUGCCGAGGCCGCCGGAAUAAGCGUGGCCAAGUACAAGCGCAAGGCUGAGCGUGGCGAGAUCAAGUUAAACGCCGACGGCACUCCUCUCGUGGUCAGCAAGAAGGACCUCAAGAAGCAACGGAAGGCCGAGGAGAAGGCUGCUGCCGCUGACGGAUCGAAGGAGAAGAAGCGGAAGCGCGGUGCCAGCGAGGAUGCCGAGGAGGUGAAGGCUGACAAGUCGGAGAAGAAGGAGAAGAAGAAGAGCAAGAAGAGCAAGGCAUAG